UGGCCUCGUGAACGCGCCUCCCAAACAGCCUCGAUGAAGUUUGCGCGAACAUGGCGGACUUCCUGCCGUCCCGCUCGGUCUUAAAAGUUUGUCUGCCCGUGUGUCUCCUGAACAGCGGCGAAGUGGAGCAGAUGCGCAAGUCCAAGGAGAUCGACCGGUGUCUUUCCCGGGAGAAGACGUACGUGAAGCGGCUCGUCAAGAUCCUGCUGCUCGGCGCCGGAGAAAGCGGCAAGUCCACCUUCCUGAAGCAAAUGCGCAUCAUCCACGGGCAAGAUUUUGAUCAAAACGCCCGGGAGGAGUUCCGCGGGACGAUUUACAGCAACGUGAUCAAAGGAGUCCGUGUGCUGGUGGACGCGCGGGAGAAGCUGCACAUCCCGUGGGGCGACCAGAGUAACCAGAAGCACGGCGAGCUGCUCAUGUCGUUCGACACGCGCUCGGCCGAGGUGGUGACCGGGCAGCUGGAGAGCGCCAUCUUCCUGCAGUACCUCCCGUCCAUCAGAGCGCUGUGGGCCGACCCCGGGAUCCAGCACGCCUACGACCGCCGCCGCGAGUUCCAACUGGGGGAGUCGGUGAAAUAUUUCUUGGAUAAUCUGGAUAAGCUUGGAGAGCCGAACUACCUUCCGAGUCAGCAGGACAUCUUGUUGGCGCGUAAACCCACCCGAGGGAUCCACGAGUACGACUUCGAGAUCAAGAACGUGCCUUUCAAAAUGGUGGACGUGGGGGGUCAGAGGUCGGAGCGGCGGCGCUGGUUCGAGUGUUUCGACUCCGUCACCUCCAUCCUGUUCGUGGUGUCGUCCUCCGAGUACGACCAGGUUUUGAUGGAGGAUCGUCAGACCAACCGCCUUCGAGAAUCGCUGAACAUUUUCGAGACGAUCGUCAACAACCGCGUGUUCCUCAACGUCUCCAUCAUCCUGUUCCUCAACAAGACGGACCUGCUGGAGGAGAAGGUGAAGCUGGUGCCGCUGAAGGACUAUUUCCCGGAGUACAGCGGGCCGGAGCACAGCCUGCAGGACGUGCAGAAGUUCAUGGUGGAGUGUUUCCGAGCCAAACGCCGCGACGCCACCCAGAAACCGCUCUACCACCACUUCACCACCGCCAUCAACACCGAGAACAUACGCCUCGUGUUCCGGGACGUCAAGGACACCAUUCUCCACGAUAAUCUCAAACAACUCAUGCUGCAAUGACCGGAGGGGCCGGCGGGGGCGGCGGGGGCGGCGGGGCGGCGCCCGGGCGGGGCAGGGGGCGGAGGGAAGGGGUCAGAGGUCACAGGUCACAGAGAGAGCGAGGGGGAGGGGCUUAGGCGCGUGUGGGCGUCGCCUUAAACGGAAACUGAGAAGGUUCAAAAAGAGAACGGACGGGUCUAAACCGGGUCUAAAACUGGUCUAGAACUGGUCUAUAACUGGUCUAAAAUGAAGGCUAAAGCCAGGUCUAAACACGGUCUCAAAACAGGUCUAAACCAGGUCUCGACCAAGUCUAACUUGGAUCUAAAACCAGAGCUAAACCAGGUCUAAACCAGGUCCUAAACUGAGUCUAAACCGAAUCUAAAUCAGGUUCUAAACCAGGGCUUAAACCGGGUCCUGAACUAAGGUCUAAACCAGGUCUGGACCAGGUCUGACCCAGGCACUAAACCAGGUCUAAAACCAGGUCCAACCCAAGUCCAAAAGCAGAUCUAAAACCAAGUUGAUCUUAGUCCUAAUCCAGGUCUAAAACCAGGUCUGGACCAAGUCUAAAACCUGAUCUAAACCAGGUCUAAAUCAGGUCUAAACUGGGUCCUAAACCAGGUUUGACUCAAGUCCUAGACCAGGUCUGAACCAGGACUUUCAUAUUUUCAGAACAAAUUAUUUAAUUUUUUAAUUUAAAUACAAUUUUUUACUUAAAACGUGAAGAAAAAAUCCAAACGAGUAAAAGUCGAGUCUUUGUAAAGACCGAAUUUAUUUUUCACUGUGACAAAACUAAAAAAGAACAAAAAGAGACGUCCAAGAAACUAGACCAGGACCGGACCAGGACCGGACCAGGACCGGACCAGGACCGGACCAGGACCAGGACCGGACCAGGACCGGACCAGGACCGGACCAGGACCGGACCAGGACCGGAGCCUCUGUUGUUUCCUGUAGGUGAACGUUCGUUGGCUUUUCGUUCAUAUUUGGAUGUUUUCGAGUGUAAAAGUGUAAAACUUCAGGUCGUAGUCGAGUCGUUCUCUGGACCUGCUCCUCUUCCUCCUCUUCCUCCUCUGACCUUCUGGAGUUUUGCGUUUCUACCGGAGCCUCUCGGGGACAAACAGGUCGUGUGUGAGACUCGAGUUCGACGCAGCAGAACUUCGCCCGCCGGGUUUUUGUAGAUUUGACUUUUCGCUUCACGGGGCUAAAAACUCACAGCAGCAAAAAGUUUAACACGAACCAGGAGCCAGAGCGAAAAAAACACGAGCAGAACCAAAUAAAGACGAGAAAUUUAACAACAAAAACACAAAUAACAGACUUUUAUCGACAAGUUUGAACAAUAAAAACACUGACCAAAUAAUCUGCAAUGUUGACAAAUUCUCUUUCAAAUUUUCACAAAACACAAUUUGAAUGACGAUGACAAUAUUUUUUUUGUUUCUACACUUUGUCAACUCAGGAACAUGUUUAAACUAUUUAAAAAAAAGUUUCUUUGACCAAAUAAUCUUCAGAUUUGGCAAAUUCUGCUUCAAAUUUUGCACAUUUUGAAAUUUAAAUUUCAGCAAGAAUUUUUUUCCUACACUUUUUAGAGACUUGGGAGCAAAAAUGUCUCAUAAUGAACCAAGUUUGAACAUAAAACCAAAUAAGCUUAAAAUUUGACAAAUUCUGCUUCAAAUCUUCACAUUCUGAGAAAACAAUUUGAAUUUCAAUGAAGAUUUAAAAAAUGUCUUCACUUUUUAAAGACUUGAGAGCAAAAAAAUAUCUUAAUGAACUAAAUUUGAACUAUUAAAACGUAUUUUUUGACCAAAUAAUUCUCAAAUUUGACAAAUUCUGUUUAAAUUUUUAACAUUUUGAAACCACAAUUUGAAUUUCAACGAGGAUUAAAAAAAUUUCUAAACUUAUUAAAAAUUGUAGAAGUAAAUAAAUUGCCUUAAAGAGGGAAAUUAAACAUGAAAAACCUGACUGAGGAGAUUUUCGACUCAUCCACAUGAAACUGGACACAGAACCGGACAGAACCGGACAGAACCGGACAGAACCGCUCUGGCUCCUGGUUUGAAAAUGGACUAAAAUAGCGUCAGUCUUAAAAAACGUUUAUAACCACUAGUUUCAGUUUCUUUAAAGCUCAAAUCCUGAAGCCGAGCGAGAGACGAGAGCCGAGCUUCAUCCACAUUUACACUUUAAACCUUCUAAAGUUCUAACGUCGUUUCCUCGUCUGUAGAACUUCAGAACUCGACCAGAACUUGACCUGAACUUGACCUGAACUCGACCUGAACUCGACCUGAACUCGACCUGAACUCGACCUGAACUCGACCUGAACUCGACCUGAGGCUCACAGGGUUCAGUUUCUGUCGCUCAGGUUUUAAAUCGUGUUUUUAAUCCAAAAUUCACCAGAAAAAAAUUUUUAAAAAUCUAAUCACCGACAUAAGCUUUGGAUUUAGGAUCGAAAAUUCAAGUUAAUGUUUUUUUUUUUUUUUUUUUUUUUUUUUUGCUUUUAAAUGUAUUUUUAUGCCGAAAAUCACUAAUAAACCAGAACCAGGACUAAACCAGGUCUUAACCCGGUCCCAACCAGAUCCAGAAUGUAAACCAGGACUAAACUUGGGACAGAAUCCAGUCUAAAGUAAAACCAAGUAAAACAGACCAGGGGACGAGACCAGUUCUCAACCCAGAACCAGAAUCAAGGACGAGAACUAAACCAGGUCUGAACUUGUCUAAAGACGACCAGGGACUAGACCGGGGGACCAAAUUGGGGACUAAACCAGGACUAAACUUUGGACAAAAUCCAGUCUAAACCAGUUUGAAAACCAAGAACUAAAUAAGCUCUGAACUUGGACCUAAACCGGGACUGAACCGGGAUUAAACCGGGACUGAACCGGGACUAAACCGGGGACAAAAUCCAGUCUAAAGUAAAUCAGACCGGGAACUACACCAGUUCUUCAACCCAGAACCAGAACCAAGAACUAAACCAGGUCUGAACUUGUCUAAAGUAGACCGGGGACUAGACCAGGACUAGAUUAGGACUAAACCAGGACUAGACGAGGACUAAGCGAGGUCUUAACCUGCUCCCAACACAGAACCAGAACCAGAACCAGUGACUAAACGAGAACUAAACCAGGUCUGAACUUGUCUAAAGUAGACCGUGGGACUAGACCGGGAUUAAAUUAGGACUAAACAAGAAUUAAACCAGGACUAAACCAGGACUAAACCAGGAUCUUUUAGUUUCUUCGGCCCUGAGCGUCUCUCUCGUCCCUGUGAUCCAGAUGGUUUAAAAUCGAGGAACCGUUCAGAUUUUUCUGGUAGGUUCUGUGGACUCGGCUCUUUUCAGCUCUCGCUCUUUAUUUGUGUUUUUCCCGUUAAUAUUAACUCCACUUUUUCUAAUUAUUUAACCACGUUUGUUUUGCAGAACCACUGUCAGCUGUGCCAUGUUCAGUUUCUCUCAGGGUUGACUCCACUUUUCUCGUGAUUCGUAUUUUGGUGUUUUUCUUGUCGUUGGUUCUCGUAGUUUUCGGCACCGGCCCCUUCGCGUCUCAAACCGGCUGGUACUUUUUUUUUUUUUUUUUUGGCAUUCACCCGAAAAUUCGCCCCUUAAAAAAAAAAGAUGAGUUUUGUUUGUUUUUUUCCUGAUUUUUAGCGUCUUUUGAAAGGGACACUCCCAGUUCUCGCCUUAAUAAUGAAUGUGUGUUUAUAGAUGUACAGAUUGUAGAUUGAAAAUGACCAGUGUGUCCAGCGAAGGUUUGACUCAGAGUUUUGGUCACGUUGACGCCGGGCUUUACGGUAAACUCAAUUUUUACUUUUUAACGAACAAUUUUUGCUCACAACUUGAUUUUUCUUGUUUUUAAAUCGACAAAGCUAAAAAAAUUCUCUGCACUUCUGGUAUUUUUAUUUAAAGUUGGAGGUAUUUUGCGAAAUCUCUUUAUAUUUUUUGGUAUUUUUCUAACGUCGUUCCUGCCUGAAGAGUUUUUAGACUCGUCCGUGCUUGUUUGAAUCAUCUAGAGAUCUCUCCCGGGACCGUACAGGCUCGGUUCACGUUUGGAAACACGAGGAGGACGAGGAGUUCAGUCGGAGUUUAAUUUAACAAAACGAUAAAACUGUGGAUUCAGCCGAAGCGUUUGUCAGAACUGUGGAUCUACAGAACAGAACAACUUUUAUUUAUUUUUAUUACAUUAGACAAAUUAUAAAACACAAAUUAACAGGCGAUUUAUUAAAGGAAAAAAAAAAACAGUGAAGUCGUCACCCGAAUGUUUCCAAACGUCGUCAGGUGAACAGAGCCUCAACAAACCCUCUGCAGUACGAGUCUGUACGAGGCUCCGCCCAGAUCAGUUCACAACCCAGUUCAGAAACCAAGGACUAAACAAGAACUAAACCAGGUCUGAACUUGUCUAAAGUAGACUGGGGACUAGACCAGGACUAAACUAGGACUAAACCAGGACUAGACGGAGCCUCUUCAAACCCUCAAACACUCAGCAGUACGCGUCUGUACGAGGCUCCGCCCCCACGUUCCCACACGGCCGCUCUCCAUAAAAACACAAAAACACGACACAAACCCGUCGUGUGCGAUUGUAGAUUUUAUUUAUUUAUUUUGCAGCAAAACAAAACGAGCCCCAAAGAGUCUGAAGGAAAAACAAACGACACGAUUCUGAAAAAGAAAAUCAGCGUCUGAACAGAAAGUUUGAGUUAAUUUCACUCACGACUCACGACUCACUGUCAAUACAAGAGACAAAAUAUGAGUUAAAACAAACUUUAAUGCAGAGUUCAUUCUGAACAUCUUUAAAACAAAACUCUUAAAUUUAUACUUUAUUUUUUUAAGGCUUCUACAGCGUCAGACUUUUAUUUUUUUUAAUCAUCUGUCAAAUUGUUCCAUAAACUCUCCCCAAACACAAAUACAACCACUUUUUUCUUAGUUCUUAAUUUUUUUAAAGAAGAUGCCAGUUUUUUUGUUUUGUUUUGUUUGUGUGCUCUGAAGGGGGAGUGACUUAGCACAGAGAGCAAACACGGUGAUGUAAAUAUGUGAUGUUACGGUUAAUAUCCCAGAGAAGUGAAAUACCUCCUCUUUAACGUGUCUCAAAUCUCCUAAAGUUAAAAUUCCGAUCUUUUUUUUUUUUUUCGUUCAAGCAGCAAAAAAAUUGCACAUUUUUGUAUAAUUUUUACAUUUUUGCCUUUUUUUGUUUUUUUUUUUAUUUUAUCUUGGAGGUUGUGAGUUAAAUUGCCUUUCACACUUCGCCUUAAAGAAAACAAACCUGUGUCCAAAUACUCGGAUACAGGAGGAUUUGAGCGAUUCCCAAACGAGACGACGACGUGGGAUCUCGUUAAAACGACUUUUUAAAUAUAAUAAUAAUUUUAAUAUUUAGUGUUUUUUGUGUUUGUGCUUUACCGUAAAGCCCGGUGUGGACGUGCAGGUGAAUCUUGUGCUGAGUCUUGAAACAAAAGUGUCUUCCACUGUAUCGCGUUUGUCACAGACGAUUUAAAAAACCACUCGUUUAGUCUGAACUCGGAUCAUGUUUGAGAAUCAGACGAGUUUGGUCCGAUUUAAAAACCGAGAAAAGUCUUUUCUGUGAAUCAUGAAGCGAAAGGACGGGGCUCGGCUUUGGGACUAAACCGGGACUAAACCGGGACUAAACCAGGACUAGACUAGGCUCUAAAAUAAACCAGGGACUACACCAGUUCUCAGCCGAGACCAAACCAGAACCAGGGACUAAACAAGGACCAAACUGGGAUUAAACCAGGUCUUAACCCAGUCAGGGACUUGACAAGGACUGAACCAGGACUAGACUAGACUCUAAAAUAAACCAGGUUCUAGACUAGUUCUCAACCCAGUCCAGACCAGAACCAGGGACUAAACAAGGACCAAAGUGGGCCAAGGACGAGACCGGACCCCCGAGACCGGACCCGAGACUGGACCCAAGACCGGACUCGAAACCAGACUCGAUGGUAUCUAGACCAGGACUAGACUAGAUCAUGACUGGACUCCAUAAUAAACCAGGGACUAGACUAGUUCUCAGCCCAGUCCAAACCAGGGACUGAACAAGGACCAAAUUGGGCCAAGGACAAGACCAGACCCAAGACCAGACCCAAGACCAGACCCAAGACCAGACCCAAGACCAGACCCAAGACCAGACCCAAGACCAGACCCAAUUUGUAUCAAGACCAGGACUAGACUAGAUCAGACUGUAUCUAGACCGGGACUAAAGCCGGACUAAACCAGGACUAGACUAGUUCCGCCCCAGUUCUAAACCCUCUUAAGUCUUAAACAUAAAACCGAACCAGACUCUCACCCAGGGCCUAAACCUGGACCAAAACCGGGACCAAACCAGGUCUACACCGUGAAACUUUCCGUCUUUAAAACCCACGUGGACUUUGUGGACUUUUCCUGGUUUGACUCGGACCAAACUCGGGCCGGUUCUGUGAGGCCAGGACUGUUCCUUCCUCUUGUACAUACUGUAGCUGCGGCGCUGUAAAUACCAGGGUCUCUUAUGUAAAUGGUUGUAGAAAUGGCAUAUUGUUUCUGUCUUUUUGUUUUGUUUUUCUUGAAUCAUUUUGUUUUGUUUUUUUCCCCCAAUGAAAAUAAUCAUCGCUGUAGAUUUAUUUUUAUGUAAUUUUUGUUUUCAACACUUAUUUUGAAAUUCAUUCCUGUGUCAAACUCAUGCCACUGUAACCUAUCAAUAAAUACACUUUUCUAAUGA